AUGGAACGAGCAAUGAAAUUUAUGAGAAAGACUACCGGACAUGGCAAGUCAAAUAUGAAUCCAAGAUCCCAGCGAGAUACGCAGGACAUGAAUAAAAGUUCUUCUUUAAGUAAGAUGUUGUCCCUCUUGGGUUAUUACUUCCAGGCUAUGACGCUUCCGCCAUCGUGGCACGUCAUAAUGAAUUCAUUUUUUAAACAAAAAAGCCAAGGAAAAAAGGAAGUAGUAAUUCAAACAAGGGCAGCCAUCAAGCACGAAGAGAACUAUAGCAUUGAGUACACAUACCGAGAAGUAAUGAGCAGUCGCUUUACCAAAGCAGACCAGAAGACCGGAAAUGGAAUAUUAAUCAAGAUACCUCGAGUUACACCAGAUGUCGAACCAAAAAUAAGAGUGUGGAGAGAAGAAGUAAAAUCUAUUAUUAACAUGGCAGGAUUAGAUAAGGAUCUAACCCAACUUAUUAUUUUCUUAGUACCAGCGGAAGUGGAAAGCAGUCUACAUGGACACGAAGCACUAGAUGCAUUACUUGAUGCAGUGUGUAAAUUCUAUGAGAAGAAACAUCGAGACACUACCCACGCUGUGCCGAAACAAGAAAAUUUUUUAUUUAUUCGAGACUACUAUGAAGCAGUACAAAAGAGAAUUUCAGGAGUACAAGGAGGAACUAUACCCGAUGAGAAGUUCCAGGAAUUAGUUUAUACAGCCUUUAAAGACGGACUCACUCUUGACACAGUCAAGUGCAAUACUUACACACCCUAUAAAAAGGCGGAAGAGUAUGUGAAAAUACUUGAAGACUUCGAGACCAGAUUACUGGAGGAACUCAAGCACAAGUAUGAAGGGAAGGAAACCCUAUACAAAACUAUGACAUCAUAUACUCCAACUCAGCCGACAUACCAUAAAGGCCAACCCUACUGUGCUCUACAUAAACGCUAUGGAAGACAUAGGACUGAAGAAUGUUUCCUCCGUCAAAAACAUUCUCAAGAGAAAGCACCUCACUCUACUUACAAGAGUAAGAAAGAAACAAAAGAGGAAGAUACAAAAAAUUAA